ACAGAAUUGAAUCAAUUGCUUCACCCUUCUAUAUAUCGUGCUGAUUUGUAAUGCUUUUGCAUCUGAAAACAGUCACCAUUUUAUUAUACAUGCAUAAGCAUUUUUAACAAUAAAAGUUGCAUGCAUGUUAACUUAACAUUAGCCGAUGCAUUAUGUCAACAAUAAUUUAUUAAAAAAAUGUACAUUGACCAAGAUAUAUAAAUGAUGUACAAAUUAGGCUAUUCGUUGUAGUUCAUAAUACCUAAUACAUUAACUAAUAUUAAUAUACAGAACCUUACUACAGUGUUACCAAGAUUAUUUAUGAUAAUUAAUAACUGGAAUUUAGAGUUUUUAAAUUGACAAGGACAGAAAACAAAACUAUUUAGCUAAAUAACGCAUGGAGAAAAAAAAAGUGAAAGUGGGUAUGUCUAGGAAGGAAUGAGUCAGAGGAAGCUGGUGUAGAAAGGAGGCAGGCAAUGCAUCACUUUCUGUAAGCAGCACUGACUGCAGCUCUGUUUACCAGUCCUUCAGCAGAGCCAUCCUCUCUGUUUCAUGAGAUCUGUGUAUCUCUUUUGGUCCCGUUAGAUGCUUGUAUUUAUUAGACAUUCUUCAGUCUGAAAAGGUGCACUGUAGAAAAUGGAAUCACCUCAAACAGGUUGUGACCAAUGUGAUAAAAACCUUGAGGUCAUGAAGGUGGGAACGUUUCUACGCAAAGUGAAGUCUCGCAUGUGGAAGCGUCAACGUCACUACAAACUUCAGGAGGACUGCAAGACUAUAGCAUAUAAGUCCAGCUGGGCAAUAAACUCGUAUUCUACCUUCUCCAUCAGUGAUGUAGAGGCUAUUCGUGAGGGGCAUCAGUCAGAGACUCUCCAAGGUGUGGCAGAUGAGUUUCCUGCUGACCGCUGCUUCACUCUGGUGUUCCACGGUCGCCAAGGAAACCUGGACCUGGUGGCUGACUCAGCGGAGGAAGCUCAGGCUUGGAUUCAGGGCCUCAGAGCCCUCAUGGAUAACAUGGAAAACAUGGAUGAGAGCACCAAACUUAACCAAUGGAUCUCAGACUGGUUUUUGAAAGCAGACAAAAACAAAGAUGGCAGAUUAAAUUUUAAGGAAGCAAAAACACUCCUGAAAAUGAUGAACGUGGACAUGAAUGACGAACAUGCAAGCUGUCUUUUCAAGAAGGCAGACAAAUCUCAGUCGGGAACCCUGGAGGAUGAGGAGUUUGUGGAAUUCUACAAGAUGCUCACCCAGAGAAUGGAGGUGCUGGAGUUGUUCCAGGAUUAUUCCAGUAAUGGACAGAGCCUCUCUCAGUGUGAUCUGGAGGAGUUCCUGAGAGAGGAGCAGCUGGAGGGGGAGGGCAGUUGUGAACAUGCUCUGCAGCUCAUUGAACAUUAUGAACCUUCAGACAUGGCCAGAAUGAAUCACUCCAUGUUAAUUGAUGGAUUCCUAAUGUACCUGACAUCUCCUGAAGGCUCUAUCUUCAGUCCAGAGCGACAGGGCUUCUUUCAGAACAUGAACCAACCUCUUGCCCACUAUUACAUCUCUUCCUCCCACAACACUUACCUGAUGGAGGAUCAGCUUAAAGGGCCAAGUAGUGUUGAGGCCUACAUCCAGGCAUUGAAACGAGGCUGCAGGUGUGUAGAGGUGGACUGCUGGAAUGGAGCCAAUGGAGAGCCGGUAGUUUACCAUGGACACACUUUAACAUCAAAGAUACUCCUCAAAGAUGUAAUUUCUACUGUUGCACAGUACGCCUUUAAGGUGUCUGAAUAUCCUCUCAUCGUGUCUAUUGAAAACCACUGUAGUGUAGAGCAACAGGAAGUCAUGGCACGGCAUUUCAGAGAAAUUCUGGGCGAUAUGCUGCUGACUAGCACAGCGAAUGGCAGAACCUUCAGUGAACUGCCAUCCCCAGAGGCACUGAAGAGGAAAAUCCUGCUGAAAGGGAAGACGAUUGGAAAUGAGUCAGAGAGCCUCACAGGUGAAGUCAGCGAUGAGGACGAGGCAGCAGAAAUGAACAAGGACAGUUCAGCUUCAGAGAGCGCACCAACAGAUAGCAAGAUAUUGAAGCAGAAACUAUGCAAGGAGCUCUCAGACAUUGUGUUCUGUAAGAGCGUACAUUUCCACAGCUUUGAGCAUUCUCGCACUUCUUCUAAGCCUUAUGAGAUGUCAUCUUUUUCUGAGACUAAAACAAGGAAAUAUUCAAAGGAAGCAGGCCCGGAUUUUGUGCUGCAUAACACCAGACAGUUGACCAGAAUAUAUCCAAGUGGAAUGAGAACAGAUUCAUCAAAUUACUGUCCACAGGAUAUGUGGAACAUCGGAUGCCAGAUUGUGGCACUGAACUUUCAGACAGCAGGGACGGAAAUGGAUCUUAAUGAUGGGCUAUUUAGUCAGAAUGGCCGUUGUGGCUAUGUCCUAAAACCUGAUAUCUUACUCAACAGAGAGAGACUCUUUGAUCCUGAUAAACCCCAAGAAUCAGAGAACUAUCAUCCUCUACUCUUCUCUGUUAAGGUUAUUAGUGGCCAACAGCUCCCUAAAUUAAAUCAAAAAGGAUGGUCCAUUGUAGACCCCUUAGUAAGGGUGGAAAUUUAUGGUGUUCCCCUGGAUCAAGCCAAACAGGAGACCAGAUACAUUGAGAACAAUGGAUUCAACCCUUGUUGGAAUGAAACCUUACAGUUUACAAUCCACACCCCUGAGCUGGCACUGGUGCGUUUUGUUGUUGAAGACUAUGAUUUAGCAUCUAGAAAUGACUUUAUAGGACAGUACACUCUUCCUUUUACCUGUAUUCAACCAGGUUAUCGUCAUGUGCAUCUGAUGUCCAAAGAUGGAACAAGUAUUUGUCCAGCCUCCCUCUAUGUUCAGAUCAAAAUCACAGAUCUGUGAUUACAGGAGAUCACAAUUACAGGUGUUUUCCUUACAAACCUGUACAAUGUGAAAACAGUCCAAAAAAGAACACAUUUCUCAAAAAGCUGUUGUUCGACAGAGGAAACAUUUUCUCUUGUGCUUGGCUUAUAAAAGUGACUUGAAAAAAGAGCUGUAAAUAAUUUAAACGAUACAAAAACAUUAUUUAAACUUUGCUCCUUUAAAGGAAAUUCUGAAACAUAAUGUAUGUAUAUCAAGACCACUCACAUGAGAUGAAGACUCCAGUCCUAUCAGUAACUUGUAAGCAGAUAAUAUGUUAUCAAAUUAAAAACAUUGAGCAUGGUAGAAGUGUCUUUUAAUAAAUGACCCAAGAGCAAAUGUUCAAAUGAAAUGAUUGUUAUAUAUAUAUAUAUGUACUCUCAUUACGUAUGUAAAUAUCAAAGUAUAUCAUGAAUUAAUAAUUUUUCCUUGUAUAUCAUAUAUUCAUCUUUUUUUCUUCUAUGAGUUUUGUCUUUUUAAAUGAAUAAACAUUAAUG